UUGUUCCGUUAAAGUCCAUUCUUGUCAAAAGUAUUAUCAAUCAGAAUUCCGGUAUUGUGUGUCAAUAUUUCAUUUGGCAACACCAUGCUCAAUUCUUUCUUUUCAAUGCAGCACGUGUAGACGCGGACGACUAGGUUUUCAUCUUGAAUUAAAUUUAGAGAUAAAGCCUAAAGCAUGCCUUCAGACGCCAAGAAACGUGCCCAACAGAAGAAGAAGGAGCAGGCAGGUAGCAGGAAUAAGAAGCCGGUGGCGAGAGUCACGGCUGAGGAAAAUGGCUCUGCCAGCAACGGCACGGAGGAACACAGGGAGCUCACCGCUGAAGAGGCGCUAUGUCUGAAACUGGAGGAAGAGGCCAAGCUGAACUCGGAGGCGCGAUCAUGCACGGGUUCGCUCGCCGUGCACCCUCGCUCCAGGGACGUGAAGAUCGCCAACUUCUCCAUCACGUUCUACGGCUCUGAGCUGCUGCAGGACACGCUUCUUGAGCUCAACUGCGGCCGCCGGUACGGGCUGGUCGGGCUCAAUGGAUGCGGCAAGUCAUCCCUGCUCUCCGCACUGGGUCGUCGCGAGGUCCCUAUCCCGGAGCACAUCGACAUCUUCCAUCUGACGCGCGAGAUGCCCGCGUCCGACAAGACCGCGCUGCAGUGCGUCAUGGAGGUUGACCAGGAGAGGGUCAAGCUGGAGAAGCUGGCUGAGGAGCUGGCGCACUCGGAUGAUGAUGAGGCGCAAGAGCAGCUGAUGGACGUGUACGAGCGUCUGGACGAGCUGAACGCGGACACGGCAGAGGCGCGCGCCGCGCACAUCCUGCACGGGCUGGGCUUCUCCAAGCAGAUGCAGAACCAGGCCACCAAGGACUUCUCCGGAGGUUGGCGCAUGCGCAUAGCUCUGGCGCGCGCGCUGUACGUGAAGCCUCACCUGCUGCUGCUGGACGAGCCCACCAACCACCUGGACCUGGACGCCUGCGUGUGGCUCGAGGAGGAGCUCAAGCACUACAAGCGUAUCCUGGUGCUGAUAUCCCACUCGCAGGACUUCCUGAACGGGGUGUGCACCAACAUUGUGCACAUGUCCAAGCGGAGGCUCAAGUACUACACGGGUAACUACGAGGCCUUCGUCAGGACCAAGAUGGAGCUGCUCGAGAACCAGAUGAAACAGUACAACUGGGAACAGGACCAGAUCGCUCACAUGAAGAACUACAUAGCCCGGUUCGGUCACGGUUCAGCGAAGCUCGCCAGACAGGCUCAAUCCAAGGAGAAGACCCUGGCCAAGAUGGUGGCGCAGGGACUCACGGAGAAGGUCACCGACGACAAGACGCUCAACUUCUACUUCCCCUCGUGCGGGACUGUGCCGCCGCCCGUCAUCAUGGUCCAGAACGUGUCGUUCCGCUACACGGACACGAGCCCGUGGAUCUACAAGAACCUCGAGUUCGGGAUAGACCUGGACACGCGGCUGGCGCUGGUCGGGCCCAACGGGGCUGGCAAGUCCACGCUGCUCAAACUGCUGUAUGGAGACCUGGUCCCCUCCACCGGCAUGAUCCGCAAGAACUCGCACCUGCGCAUCGGGCGCUACCACCAGCACCUUCACGAGCUUCUAGACCUGGAGCUGUCGCCGCUCGAGUACAUGAUGAAAAUGUUCCCCGAGGUGCGCGAGCGCGAGGACAUGCGCAAGAUCAUCGGCCGCUACGGACUCACGGGCCGCCAGCAGGUGUGUCCAAUGCGACAGCUCUCCGACGGGCAGCGUUGCCGCGUCGUGUUCGCGUGGCUCGCGUGGCAGACGCCUCAUCUGCUGCUUCUAGACGAACCCACCAACCAUCUGGACAUGGAGACCAUCGACGCGCUCGCCGACGCCAUUAACGACUUCGACGGCGGCAUGGUGCUCGUUAGUCACGACUUCAGGCUCAUUAACCAGGUGGCAGAAGAGAUUUGGAUCUGCGAGAACGAACGAGUGACCAAGUGGGAGGGAGGCAUCCUGAAGUACAAGGACCAUCUCAAGUCCAAGAUCCUGAAAGAGAACGCGGCCAAUGCGGCCAAAGUGCGCAAAUAGUGCCCGCCCCCUCGCCCCCCUCUGCAACUAAACUCACUCGGACUGCCACACUCUUUACUCCACAAACUCAAAACUGGGCCUAUUAUUAAUAAACACUCGAACACCCGGUUUUAUUCUCUUUCUGCAGACAGUCAAGUGUUUGCGAAUUCGAGUUACACUCGAUAUUUUGGUAGUAACAUAAAGCAACAGGAUUUAUCAUGGCUUACUUGUUUACGUCACACUCAAAACUCAUAUUAUGCAGCAAAUUCAUGGAUUACAUGACAUGAUGCUGAUACAUUAGUUGCACUUUAUUGCUUCAUUAGAAAGCACGUGAAUUUAUGACAAAAUUGACGGAAUUGACUUAAAAUUAAAUAAUUCGCUGCCAGGUGUGUUUGAGUUUAGUUGUAGAGUGCGUGUGAAUAUGUUUAGCACAGUGGCGAUAUCUACGACUAAUAUUCUCUUACUAAUUGCCACCUUAGCAUAAUUUCAGCAUUUUGUCGUCUACCUAUAAAAACCAUUAUAUUUUUCGUUUGGUCUCAAAUACUUGGUUUAUUUUGAUGUUGUCUCUUCUAAAUAAGCAAGCAAUCGAGGUUCUACUAUUUACAAAUACCGAUUAAAAUGCUAUAAACAUAGUUUCACAAAAUAUUGAUUAAAACAUAGAAUAGGUGUAAGGAGUUAUUUAAAAAGUUGUGGUCUAAAAUUCUUAAACAUGUAGAUGUUCAAUUGUUUAAUCUACUUACCCAUUAUUAUAGAAUACGAUUACGAGACUUCAAUAUACCAUAAUAUCGAUACACAAUGGCCUUAACGCGGUGUUUAUUAAUUAUAUUCAAUAAAUUAUCGCCAGUGAGAACACUCAUUUACAAAUUUCACAAAUUAUAUGUAUAUACAUUGUAUCACCUCAUAUAAAGAAAGCAAUAGUAGUGAAAGUAAGUGCAUAUUAUUAUAUACAAUAUUCUCUUAUUUCUGUGUCGCUGAGCCAUACUUGAAAAGGAAGUGUGAAUUCAGAAAACUGUAACAUUUUGUUCCGAUGGAUGGGGAGAACUUGCGAAACUAGGCAGCUGUAGCUCAUGCUCAGAUAAAGAGAUGAAUCAACCAAGCACAGCAUAAAUUCUGCUAGUACCAAACCUGCAGUACCUAGCUGCCAAAAUUUGCAUUCUCUCCCCUGUCUAUGUAGCAACUAACAUUUCGGAUUAGGUUGCACAUUUUAAUGGGGUAAGGUGGCAAAAAUAUUUAUGAAUUCCACAAGAAAGGGUAGCAUGAUUGAUAUUUCAACUAAUUGGAAAUGAUGAUCGAAUGACUUAGCGACGCAAAGUUUAGAUGUAUUAAUUUUAAUAUGCAAUUUUUAGUCUAAAUAAGCAUAUAAUCGCGCUAAAAUAAGUAGUGAAAUGUCUUAUCUACAUAUUUAUUGAUUAGUAUUUUAAAGUGAAUAACAAUAACUGCCCAAGUAACACCAUGUCGUAUACAACGAUGUUUAGAUUCAAAUGUUAUUUAAUCCGAAGCUACAUAACUUGUAUGAAUUCGAUACCAUUCAAGCUACAGCUGAAUCUACGAGACGCCACAUUUGAUGGUGGUAAAUCUUUGCCUUUUAGAAACCAUAAUAAUCGGAGAUUAACUCAUAAUAUCUAUCUAUAGCUAAUGUUGAAAUACUAAAUAUAAAAUUGUUAUGUGAAUAGUGAAAAGGUAUCGUCAGGUACGCCACAACUACUGCAUAAUAUAGAGUCGGAUUCCAGAAAUGUAUUUGUUUUUGUAAAGGGUGUCUCAGCGCCGAAUUUAGCCUUACACAAACAUUUCCGUCGUGUAGUAAAAAUUGGGCACUUAGACAAUCUAUUUUAUUGGCAAAGGAAUCUAUUUUAUUGGUAAAGGACGCACAUGAGAUAUUGUUUUUUUUAAGCAGCGAAUUGAUAGUGAGCUCGAGCCUAUUGGGUGUGGCGUGUCGCGUGUUCUAGUGAUCCGUAGUUUAAUGUUCAAUGUCUUAGAAGAACACAUGACUUGUGCAUUGUCAAAAAAUACUUCCGGUAAUGGUAAAAAUAGUCCUAGACUUUAUUAGAUUGAUCUUUCUAGUUCUGUCUGAUAAGCGUAGUUAAGGGUUACGUUAUGAGUUUGAGAUAGCAAAUCAGUAGGGCAGAGUAAACGAUUUAUGAGUUAGCCGGUACCAUCGCGGGGCCCUACUCUCGGCUUCCUACUUCACACAAGGGAUACACCAAAUAGUGCCUGUUGAAACAUGUAGUGAGGUAGGUUAAUAUAUGUCGUAGUCGUAGGAUGUACUCGGCACACCCAGUGGGCCCGAACUCCAAACGCCCCCACUCUCUUUUAAAACAUUUUAAUGACUAAUAACUCUCUUUUUAAACCAUAUUAUGAAAUGAAUGCUAAUAUGACCCAUAUUUUAUCUUAUUUAAUUGUAUUUUCUAUUAUAUAGCUUUUGUGAUAUAACUUUAUUGGAUAUUUAUCGUGUUAGUUUGUAUUGACUGCUGAUUAUACAUAUACUUACCGCAUUUGUCUCAUGAAAAUGAAUUGUGAAAUUAACAUGUAAGUUGUUAUAGCCAAAGUGAUACUGUUUUGUUAGUAAAGAAUAUACUUAUAGCCAGUUUUAGCAGUCAGCAGGGCCGGACCAUCACCUUUGAACUAAA